GUCCGCCUUCAAACGCAAAGCGUAGCCGGCCCGCAGCGAAACAUGCUGCAAAUGUUUGUGCAUGUGGUGCAAUCUAGCGGUCCAUUGGGGUUAUACAGCGGAUUAUCAGCGGCUCUCCUGCGUCAGAUCACCUACAGCACCACUCGCUUCGGAAUCUACGAAGAAUUAAAGGAGCGGGUCACCACCCCCACUCAAAGACCAUCCUUCCCCGCCCUGAUAGGGAUGGCCGCGACAUCCGGGUUCAUCGGCGGCAUGGCCGGCACACCCGCCGACGUCCUAAACGUGCGCAUGCAACACGACGCCGCCCUCGCGCCCGCCGACCGCCGCAACUACAAACACGCCAUCGACGGCCUCGUGCGCAUGGUCCGCGAAGAGGGACGUGGGAGCAUCUGGCGCGGCAUCUGGCCGAACAGCACGCGCGCCAUGAUGAUGACUGCGAGCCAGCUAGCCAGCUAUGAUCAGUUCAAAGUGCUGCUGCGGUCGCAUCUGGGGAUGGGGGACACCAUCUCGACGCAUUUCACGGCGUCGGUGCUGGCGGGGUUGGUGGCGACGACGAUUUGCUCACCUGUGGAUGUCAUCAAGACGCGGGUGAUGAGCUCCUCGGAGAAUAAAAGUCUCGUGAAGCUGCUGGGGGACAUUUAUAAGGCCGAGGGAUUGGGGUGGAUGUUCAGGGGCUGGGUGCCUAGCUUCAUUCGCUUGGGACCGCACACCAUUGCGACGUUCCUCUUCUUAGAGGAGCACAAGAAGCUGUAUCGGAAGUUGAAAGGUCUGCCGGAGCCAGAUGUUUGAUGGAUUGAAGAGUGGGUGAUCCAAGACUCGCAUGAGACUCUGAGAGGGGAAGAGGGUUUGCGAUGCUGUACAGGCAUCUGGCAUUUGAGCGGAAUUGUGUAAAAGAACCUAGACAAUAGACCUGACAUACAUAGACCCUGUCACUAUAUAUAUGUGGUAUCGUAAUAUACAUUUGUCUUUGGGCAGUUGUAUAUUUCUUUCUCGAUUACUCCUG